AUGAACGGAAGCCCUGUCUCAAACCAGGCGCCAGAACAAGAAAGAGUCCAGCCUCUGGCCAAGAAAAAGUCCAAGCGGCCAUCUCGUACACUUGAACUGCCUUUCAUACCGUCCGAUUCACACAAAGACGUGUCCUCUACUAUGUCCCCCUCCCCGACGACCACCCGCCGCCGCGCCACGCUGACUCCGUACCAGGCCUGGCGGCACGCAACGGACAGUUUUUUCCCUCCAGAUCCUUACGUUCACGACGAUGUUACUUCCAAAUCAACUACUCUCAAUUCAAACGAUGUUCUAACCCCUGCCUCAUCUGGGGCUUGCAUUUCUACUACACCGUACACAACACCGACGUCUGGAUCCCGCUCGAGGUCAGGUUCAUACACAGGGGUUCACUACUCGACGGCACAUCGCCGCGUACCCUCUUCACCUUCCUUCCGCUCGACCCUCACACUCGCGCCACACACCUACUUCGACCGGCCCCCCUCUCCAUCUUCUUCAGUGAGCUCCCGCUGUAGUGAACCCCCUGUGAGCGCCGGUCUCAGCCUUUCCGAACUCCUAGCGAGUACAAAUACUGGCUCAUUCGGCGAACAGCCAGAUGAUGAGGUCGAAGGACUUGCCCGGAGGGAGACACAGCGUGAGGAACGCAAGCAAGCAAUGAGGGAACGUCACGCAGCAAUCCGGGAACGUAGAGAGCGCGAGAAGUGGGCCAAGGCUCAAACGCGCUGCUGA